CGUUAACUAUGGCAAUGACUGCAGGGACUCCAGCGUCUUUUCCCAUGAGCAGCCACACCCGAGAGCGAGUCACAGUGGCCAAGCUUACACUGGAGAACUUUUAUAGUAACCUCAUCUUACAGCAUGAAGAAAGAGAAACCAGGCAGAAGAAACUAGAAGUAGCCAUGGAGGAGGAAGGCUUAGCAGAUGAAGAGAAAAAGCUACGAAGAUCUCAGCAUGCCCGCAAAGAGACUGAAUUUUUAAGGCUGAAGAGGACAAGGCUAGGCCUUGAUGACUUUGAAUCUUUGAAAGUGAUUGGAAGAGGUGCAUUUGGAGAGGUCCGCCUAGUGCAGAAGAAAGAUACGGGUCAUAUUUAUGCCAUGAAGAUACUGCGAAAAGCUGACAUGCUGGAGAAAGAGCAAGUGGCUCAUAUACGAGCAGAAAGAGAUAUUCUUGUUGAAGCUGAUGGUGCCUGGGUAGUGAAGAUGUUUUAUAGUUUUCAGGACAAACGCAACCUUUACCUGAUUAUGGAAUUUCUUCCAGGAGGUGAUAUGAUGACUUUGCUCAUGAAGAAGGAUACCCUGUCUGAAGAAGAAACACAGUUUUAUAUAUCUGAAACGGUGCUCGCUAUUGAUGCUAUUCACCAACUAGGUUUCAUCCACAGAGAUAUUAAGCCGGAUAAUCUUCUGCUGGAUGCAAAGGGCCAUGUAAAACUCUCUGAUUUUGGGCUAUGCACAGGUUUAAAGAAAGCUCACCGAACUGAAUUCUACAGAAACCUUACACAUAAUCCACCAAGUGACUUCUCAUUUCAGAAUAUGAACUCCAAGAGAAAAGCAGAAACAUGGAAGAAGAACAGGAGACAGCUGGCCUAUUCUACUGUUGGGACACCAGAUUACAUCGCCCCAGAAGUUUUCAUGCAAACGGGUUACAACAAAUUAUGUGACUGGUGGUCUUUGGGAGUGAUUAUGUAUGAAAUGCUAAUAGGAUACCCCCCUUUUUGUUCUGAAACGCCCCAAGAAACAUACAGGAAAGUUAUGAAUUGGAAAGAAACUCUGGUAUUUCCACCUGAGGUGCCCAUUUCAGAAAAAGCAAAGGACUUAAUCUUAAAAUUUUGCACUGAUGCUGAAAACAGAAUUGGUAGCAAUGGAGUAGAAGAAAUUAAGAGUCACCCAUUUUUUGAAGGUGUUGACUGGGCACAUAUCAGGGAAAGGCCAGCUGUGAUCACUAUAGAAAUCAAAAGUAUAGAUGACACUUCCAAUUUUGAUGAGUUCCCAGAAUCUGAUAUUUUACAACCAGUGCCAAAUACCACCGAACCGGAUUUCAAGUCCAAAGACUGGGUUUUUCUGAAUUAUACCUACAAGAGAUUUGAAGGGCUGACUCAGCGGGGCUCAAUCCCUUCUUAUAUGAAAGCAGGGAAGUUGUGAAACGCAGCAGAAAAGGAAAUUUAAUUAAGAACUCAGGUACUGUGUCCAUCUCUGCUUGGCCUCAAUUUUGACAUUCUGCAACAUUCACACAGACUGGAGCCCGUGGACUUUGCCCAGAAAUUAGGGAAUUCUACCGGAUUAGGAUUUCUAAGACUACUAUAGACAAUUAGUUGGCAGUGCCAGCUGGCGGCUUCUUUUAAUAGUGAAUAUUUUUGUUAACUUUAUUACAACAGAGGUACUGGAAUUAAAAAAAAAAAAAAGGAAUAGAUGUCCUCUUUGUAUCUGCACUGCCGAAAUGUAUGUUAAAAGGUCAGUUCUGCCUCUUGUAUGUAAUGUGGCUUGGUUUGAACUGUGCUAUGUUCAAUUUGCCCAGGAGUUAAAAAGAUAAUGUGUAUGUAAGAAGCAACAUUGUGUUUCUCAGUAAGGUUGCUCCGUUGUGUAUUCACCUGGGCAGCGAUUUAGGUAGAACGUAUGAAAAAAGAAAAGAAUCAGAAGCCACGGUUUGUAGCAUUGUUCCCUGCAGAUGAAGGGUGGUGAUUUAGGAAGCUGUCAUAGGGUUACUUAAAUACAUUUAACGGUCCAGACCAGCUAUUUUUGAAGGUUAUUUGCCACACUUACUGGCUUAACGCUCAAGCUCAGGGCUGCUAGUUUUAACACUAAAGAGAAGUUACUAUUUCAGAUUGUAACUAGUAGUCAAACUGGGAUAGAACUGGGUCAACCAAGAGAUGCUCAUCUGCCGAUUUUCAGAAGUAAGAGGGCACUUUUAUCAAAUAAAAGUGCGUUACAGCUUUCAUCUUAAUAGCUGGAAACAUCUAGGGGAAAAAAAUUGGUCGAAAUUCAGUAUUUAGCUUAUUUUUUUGCUCAUUUCAUUUCCUUCUGAAUUUAACAUGGCUAUGAUAGUUUGUGCCAUUUAGUUCUCCUCUGAGUACCAAAGAUCCUGAAAUAGCUUGACCGAU